UUAUGUUAUCUAAUUGAAGGUUAAGUAUUGUUGUUGUUUUGGAAAAAAGUGUUAUAAGUAAAAAUUUUACUUGUUUUGAAAUAAAAUUAUAAGUAGAAUACAUGCGAAUAUUAAACAGAAAUAUUAUCUCCUGAAAUACUUUUAGUUAACCCAAUAAUAAAUUAUCAAAACAUUGAUAUGGGAUCAAGGCUUGUUUAUACAAGCUUGAGCAGAAUAGUAAACAAUUAUGUUAAAGCUGCUUGGAAUUGCAAAAAAUGUCAAAACAUUCAUGCUGUGUGUGCGAAAAAAGAAAUUGAAAUAGAUAUUAAAUUUGCUGGAGUAUCUAAGUACUCAAGUGAGAUUCCAAAAAAAUGUUGGCAAUGUAAUUAUCCUUUUAAAUCAGAACUAUUUUGUAAAAAAUGUCAAACCCUUCAAGAACCACCUGAUCAAAUGGAUUACUUUGAGAUUUUAGGAGCUAAAAAAAGUUUUGAUGUUGAUACCAAAGAAAUUCAACAGACAUUUAGAAAAAUGCAAAAUAUACUACAUCCUGAUAGAUUUGGAAAUAAAUCUGAUAAAGAAAAACAAUACUCUGAAUACUUAUCAUCAUUAUUAAAUAAAGCUUAUUCAACACUCACCAAUCCUUUAACUAGAGGUUUAUAUUUAUUAGAAUUAAAUAAUAUGUCUAUACCUGAGGGUAAGACUGAUUUAGAUCCCAAAUUUUUGAUGGAAAUUAUGGAAAAAAAUGAAGCAGUUGAGGAAGCUGCUAAUGAUCAAACUAAAAUUGUAGAUCUUGCAAAAGAAAAUAGAAAAACACUAGACACAUUAUCAAGGGAAGUCGCUGAAGCUUUUAAAAAUGACGACAUUCAAAAAGCACAACAUAUAUUACUUAAAAUGAAAUACUAUGCAAGUUUAGAUGAAAAAUUAAAAGCUCUAAAACGUAGUUUAGGUAUAAUGGAAUAGAAAAAUGUUAAAUAUUGUUACAUUUUAUGUAUAUAUGACUGGAAUUGA